AAAUGCUUUGAAUACUUGCGACAUGGCCGCUCACAUUGAUUGCCAAGAUUGACAGCUCUGCGUCGUCUUCUCUUGUCUCCGAGAGAGAGGGAGAUAAAGAGGAUAGAUAACAACAAAAGCUCCUUGCAGUUUUGACAAUUAAACUUCAUAGAAAGAACGGGAUCCCCUCAUAGAGCCAGUGGGAACCACAGCAGACUUGAGUUCUCUUUCCUUUUUUCUACAGAUAGUAAUUGUUAUGUUUUAACGUAAUAUAGUGCGAAACACACGACUCGGGAUACGAUACCGUCAGGACCUGCAUCUCUCUUUUCUCGGCUGAUCUCAAGGACUAUCUGCACGUGGACUUCAGAGGAACUUGUGGUUUUGCGAGAGAGAAAAACAUUUCCGAACUGGAUCCGGCAUAAAGAUAUCGACUCCCUGACGCAUAUGGUGCCAGUCACUUUCAUGAGUUCAAAAUCAACUAACCAGUGAUCGCUGGGUGCUGGGGAUUUAAUCUUUCUGUUCAUCAGAAUAAUGUCUUCCAAGCAAGCCACCUCUCCGUUUGCCUCCGUCGCCGAUGGGGAGGAAGCCAUGAGUCAGGACCACCUGUCCUGGGAUAAGGAGGAGAGUGCGGAGGCCCACGGGACGCCCCAGCUGCCCCUGCACAGCCUGCUCCACAGCAAGGGCUCCAUGGACGAACUGCAGCCCCUCAGCAGUGUCCCUCCAGAGAGUGACUGGGACAGCAUGGUGUCAGCCCAGCAGCGCAUGGAAUCUGACAGCAGUAAAGUAUGUUCCCUGUACUCCUUCCGGAAUAACUCAACCUCCCCACACAAGCCAGAGGAGGGGGCCCGGGAGCGCGGCGACCUGCUGAGCGGAUCUGCGUUCGGAACGCCGGAGCGCCGCAAAGGAAGCCUGGCCGACGUGGUGGACACACUGAAGCAGAAGAAACUGGAGGAGAUGACAAAGACAGAGCAAGAUGAAUCCAGUUGCAUGGAAACACUUCUGUCAAAAGACUGGAAAGAGAAGAUGGACAGGCUCGACACUAGUGAUCUUCUGGGAGAAGUCAAAGGUACUCCAGAGAGCCUGGUAGAGAAAGAGCACCAGCUGAGCACCAUGAUCACUCAGCUGAUCAGCCUGAGAGAGCAGCUCCUGGCCGCUCACGAUGAGCAGAAGAAGCUGGCCGCCUCACAGAUGGAGAAACAGAGGCAGCAAAUGGAGCUUGCCCGCCAGCAGCAGGAACAGAUUGCCAGACAACAGCAGCAGCUUCUGCAGCAGCAACACAAAAUCAAUAUCCUCCAGCAGCAGAUUCAGGUCCAGGGUCACAUGCCUCCGCUCAUGAUCCCCAUUUUUCCACACGACCAACGAACCCUGGCAGCUGCUGCCGCAGCCCAGCAGGGCUUUCUCUUCCCACCAGGAAUCUCUUACAAGCCAGGUGAUAACUACCCGGUGCAGUUCAUUCCAUCCACAAUGGCAGCUGCGGCAGCGUCAGGACUCAGCCCCCUCCAGCUUCAGCAACUGUAUGCCGCCCAGCUUGCCAGCAUGCAGGUCUCUCCUGGAGCCAAGAUGCCGCCACUCCCCCAGCCUCCCAACAACAGCGGGCCCAUCUCCCCCUCCGGCCUGAAGAACGACAAGAGAUCCUCCAGCCCUAUCACUCAAGUCAAGGAGGAGGGAACGCAGCCUCUCAACCUGUCCGCCCGGCCCAAGACGGCAGAGCUGGUCAAGUCCCCCACGUCCCCCACACAAAGCCUGUUCACAGGCAGCAAGACCAGCCCCAACAGCCUGUCCAAGAGUGGCAUCCAGAGUCCCCUCGGAGGCAUGGGCCGUGGGUCUUCUCUGGACAUCCUGUCCAGCCUGAACUCCACAGCGCUGUUUGGGGACCAGGACGCGGUGAUGAAGGCCAUCCAGGAGGCCAGGAAGAUGAGAGAACAGAUCCAGAGAGAGCAGCUGCAGCACCACCAGCAGGGCAUGGAGGCCAAGCUCUCUGCCCUCACAGGCAUGGGCCUCAACAACUGCAGCAGGGCUGACAAGGAGCGGGCACACUUUGAGAGCCUUGGUCACCAUCUUAGCAAACUGGGCGAGGAUGGCAAAAUUGGCCACAGAGUCAUCGACCUCACCAGGCCAGAGGAUCUGGAUGGAGGCGCCAGCACAGCCGAGGCACGGGUCUACAGGGAAGCCCGGGGGAGGAACAGCAACGAGCCCCACAUCAAGAGACCCAUGAACGCCUUCAUGGUGUGGGCCAAAGAUGAGCGCCGCAAGAUCCUCCAAGCCUUCCCAGACAUGCACAACUCCAACAUCAGCAAGAUCCUGGGCUCUCGCUGGAAGUCUAUGACCAACCAGGAGAAACAGCCGUUCUAUGAGGAGCAGGCCCGUCUCAGUAAGAUCCACCUGGAGAAGUACCCCAACUACAAGUACAAGCCCCGGCCCAAGAGGACCUGCAUCAUCGACGGGAAGAAGCUCCGCAUCGGCGAGUACAAGCAGAUGAUGCGCUCGCGACGGCAAGAGAUGAGGCAGUUCUUCACUGUGGGGCAACAACCGCAAAUCCCCAUCAGCACCAGCGCCGGCGUGGUCUACCCUGGGGCCAUAACCAUGGCAACGACCACACCCUCCCCUCACAUGACGUCUGAGUGCUCCAGCGCCUCAGCAAGCCCGGAGCCGGCCAUUCCCGUCAUCCAGAGCACCUACAACAUGAAGAUAGAGCCCAGUGCCAUGUUAACCAACGACCCCAUCAUCAACGGAGAGGUAGAUGAGAUGGACAUGUACGAGGACUUUGACGAGGAGCCCAAAUCGGACUACAGCAGUGAGACUGAGACACUGGAGCCCAUCGUCAGCGCCAACUGAGGCCUCUCAACACCCGAGCCGAGACAUACACACAUUCAUACUGGAGAACCAUCCCCAGGGCGGAAGACUGACUGAAGGAGGAGAAACAGAAGAACAAAAAAAUACAGAACAAAAAGAAAUGGUUCUGUUGAUGCAUCAUUUAGGAGCCUGCAUGCAUAUGUGGCUCCGUCAGAAUCAACAGCUAAAGGUCUUAAAUAUUUCUUACAGUGUGUGAAGCCGUUUGGUUUAGUUUGUUUUGUUUUUUGUUUUUUAUUAUCUCAUCGUUUAUUUUUUUGUGUUUUGUUCAUAGACAUUUACACAAUUAGGUUAUUGCCUAUACAACUUUGGAUGACAGGACUUGAAAUGUAACGUUUGAUAUGAACCCAUAAUUCUUACAGUCUUACUUUUUUUCUUAUUAUAUACAUAUUUUUUUCUCUUCAGUUAAAUGCUUUUAAUAGAUUUCAUUACUGUUUUUGAUGGGAGUUAUAUAUUCUCACUCAGGUAUGCUGUGCCAGCCAACAGCUUGUGAAUGUUUUAAAUACGAAUUUAUUUGAAAGUAUUUAGAAAGCAAAAUAUUUGGAAAUUCAUAUUAACUAAAAACAAACAAACAGAACAAUUCCACAAUUCUGGGACAUAAUCAGACUCCCGUAUUAUUAAUUGUAUUAGUAUUAUUAUUAUUAUAGUUAUUAUUGGUAUUAUUAACAUACUGUACGAUUUUGUGCAGAUGUGCCAAACGUUUCAAGGUUUUUUUCUCUUAAAUCAUUUGUUUGAGUCUCGAGGGAGAGACUCGAGUCUUAGACAAUCUCUUAAUAUCUUAGUGCGGCUUCAAAAUCCAGUUUCUUUAUAUACCUUCUAUAUUGAAACACUCAGGAAUCUGGAGACAGUGUGCUGUGUCUAGGGCAGGAACAGGAAGUGAUGCAAUAGCUUCAGGUGUGGUUAUUCAUAAUGGCAGCUGUUCUCCAUGGAGACCAAUGCGGUGACCAACAGGCCCUUCUCUCCCUGUCCCUCUCCAGCUCAUGUCACCAGCCCAGUCUAACACAGAGCACUAUAACACUCCCCUCACACUCUCUGCUCAUUCUUCAACUCAGUCUUACCAAGUUCUUAAUCAGAGUGAUUGUAAUCAGGCCAGAAUUCCAAGGGGCCAAAGGCAUCCAAUCUGUGGGAUUGGAAAGGCAGCGAAAGGCAGCUUUGGGGGCAUUAUAAUCACAAAUUGCUGUUUUACAAUGUGUAGCUACAGUACAUUCGGUUGAACACUUUAGCCCCUACUGGGGCGGCAAGUUUUAAAGUCUUUGGUCUUACAUUUUUUUUGUAAAAUCUUAAGUAUUUUUUCGACAUUGUAAAUCUUAAAUUGACACGAGAAGGUCUUAAAGCAGAGUUAACUACUGCAGCAGUCUUAAGAGAAGAGGCAGUGUGUGAGGGAAUAACAUCGUGUUUUUAUUAAAGGAGGGUUACAGACAAAGUAUUACAUUCUAACGAGUCAUAUGAAACACAACAGUAUUCCAUAAACCACACCAGAUCUGAGAUGGUGAUUCUCUACAUUCAUGCACUUAGAUAUUAACACUUACUACUUCAUUUUUCAACUAAGUUAAUAUUUUAUAUUGAACAAAAUGUUUGUUGUUUUAUAAUGGCCAGUUGCCUAUUUUACAUAAAGUUAAACUUAAGUAUUUUAGAGCAAUUGAAAAUGCACUUCUGUAUUUUAUUUACAUACAGACAAUGAAUAUGACAUAUAACACAAUCAAUCAGCUCUUAAUCUUGUGACAAUCAGUCACAAACUGAAAGUCCUUUACCUCUUGAAUGGUUAUUUUACCAGUUGAACAGAUCCCAGGUUGUUACCUAUGGAGAAACAGCUAGAGAUGGCCAGCAGUCAAGGCCUUACUGUCCAUAAUACAGCCCUCCUACAGGCCAGAAGGACUAAGUGCCUCCCUCUCUGCCCUGCCCCUGCCCUGUCUCGACCCCUUCCCAUGGCAACCCCCACACCCAGGGGGUGCCAUCUGGCUCAGAGUGGCAGGCAGCGCUAGGCUGGGGAGAGGAGAGAGGGGGAACAAUAAGGACGGGGCACGUAGGGCAUAUUGUGCUCUCCAUCAAAGCACAGACAGUGAGGCCUCCACCCCGUUUUCCACCCUGGCCCAGCCACUAGGCGCUGGCGAGCAGAUGGAACAAGUACAUCAAGCUGUGGGGGAUUAUUAAAAUGACUGACGAGUGGGUAUCAUCUCAAAUGCAGCAUUAUUAAUGCAUGAGCCCGGCUAUUCUCCUCCCGUGCCCUUGAACCUGUCCAUUUCAGACCAAGUCCAGAGGUUUAAAAUGAUCUAAAUGGCUGGUCACCAGCGCUAGCUGUCUACAUGGCCAGGACUCCCUCCUACUGCUGGUCACUGCAUUACUCUCCCAGGUCUAAUUGAUACAGAUGGCUCUUUAGUACUUUUAAUUUUACUCGACCCAUUCAGAGCUGGCUUUUAUUGUGUUGUGUCCACGUUUGAAAGCAUUUAUCUUAAGUCUUAGAAGUUUUUAAGCACCUCAUUAUUAAUUGCCAUUUCAGUUUCGUUUUCUUUUUUUGGUUGGUUGGUUUCUUUGUUGCUAUUGUUGUUUUAAGGUUCUUUUAAGGGAUUUCCUCCCAUACACAAACCUAAACGGAUUUCCCUCAAGGUCAACAUGUCUAGGUUUUUAAGCUGUUACUUCUGUUUGCUGGUUGAUUGGUUGAUUUGUACGUGAUUUGUACAUAUUUCUAUGUCCAUGCCUAACCAAUUCAGUGUGCUGGUAGUUACAAAAGGACUGUUGAUAGGACUGAAACUUGACUGCGCUUGUAUAACAAAAAAAUUACAAAAAAACAAAGAACUUAUAUCUCGCAAGGAGUCAAAGUGUUAUAAGCACUGGAUAUAAAUUGUAUUUUUAUCAAUUCUGACUAAUGUGAAGCUGUUGUACCAGAAAAAAACCUGAAUGAACAAAAGUCACGACGACUUGGACUCGUGGGCUCGUUCUCACAGUUACCAGAUUUGAAUAAUUUUUCAGUCUACUUGUUUUGUUUAUUUAUGCAAAGACAUGUGUAGUGAAUGAACACUUUGUCUAUGCUCCAGGGCCACCAAGGGGAGAGAGACAGCGCGCGAGAGAGACUGAGCAGUAAACUCAACAGAACGCUUGCAUAGUGACUGGUUAGCUGAGAAACACCGGAUUUCAGACACGCAUUUUAUUGGUCACAUAUGUUUUGUGUUUUAUAUUGUAUUUGAAGCUAUAUAGUGAGUAUAGACAUUGUAUUUAUUAGCCACUGUUGGCUCUAAAAUUGUCAGUAGAACAUAAUGAAAGGACAAUAAUCAGAGAGAAAAAAAAUAUGUUUAAUCAAUUGGAGCUUCAUUUUUCAGUAAAUUCACCAUUUCAUUAUAGAUUUUAUUGUAAAUACAACAUAGGAAAUAGAAUUAUAUUUUUGUUCAUAAGUACUUAGUGAAGUAUUAGUUAUGUAUUUGACUGUUAUUUUUUUCUUCCUUUUUUACAUCAGUGUAUGUUGAUCCAUGUUCUUAAAACUGACAAGUCACUGUACGUCAUGUAGAUUCUGAAUAUUUAUCCCAGUUGAAGAGAGCAGUAUUGGACGGUUGAGGAGAGCAGUAUUGGACGGAGCUGUAGCUGAGAUAGACAGACAGGCCCCUUCUUGCUAGUGUUUCAAUGACCUCCCUCAGACAAUUCAAGGAGCCAAUCAAAACCCAAGCUAUACUCCUUAGCCUUGGACAUUAAGGACAAAUGUUUUUUAAAUAAAUAACUUAAUUUGUAUCUAAUUACAUGCACAGUCGGUAAAAAUAAAGUACUCUGUAUCUUUCAUAGGGACAGUGGUAAAAUUCAUCUGAACAACAAGCAGUUAAGAUGUAUAUGUUUUUAUUAUACAACUUGCGUUUGCAAUCAUGACUCAAUCCUAGCGACAUACCUUAUCGCUUGUGUUUUGUGUUUUUCACAGCCCUCAGUGGUUAUACUGUUAUGUGUCAAAUUUGAACGGAGAGGUUGAUAGUAGCAUAGAUGAAUAGCUACAUUUUAAUUGCACAUCUGCAUGCAUUUGUUACAUUUAAAAUUAGAAUGACCCAAGAGGAUUUUAUUCAUUGGCAAUUUUACACAAGUGAGGUUCUUGGGGAGCUGAAAUUGAAGGGAGUGUGCAAAUAUUUUUAAGUUUUAACGUGGCACAAUGCAGAGCCACUCGUGUGUAUUCUAGGCCUAUACUAUUUUUGUCCUUUUCUAUGUGUUGCUGACCUUUUUAAAGGCAGCCCAUCCAGCCAUCAGCAAAGUGUAGUCAUGACCUUUUCUAUGAAUCCAUCUGUCUCUCAGCCAUGUAAAUGCGAACAAGAUUCAACAACUGAAGACUAAGCUUGUAUGCUGUUUCAAUAACUUAACUUAACUGUAAUGAUUUUUUCUGUCAUUGAACUUUGUGAUGUAUAUGGUGGGAAUGUUCUCUGUGUUCAUUGAGUUAGCACAAUUCACUGACAUGCUGGACUGACAUGCUAGCUGCUGUUCAGGAGUGUAACAUUUGCUGUUGGGGACAACUUAUACAGUUGUCAAUGGUACUUUGCUUUCUAAAUUUAUUUUUUGUCUCUCAAGCAACACUGUGUGUGGCUCUUCUGUCGCUGGGGCUGUUGCUGUUUUGAAACCGCUGGCAGACUGAUACAGUUUUCUGCGUAGAAAUCUAUUUCUUGGCAGGUACCUAGGCCCAGGGCAGGUAUUGUUAAGGGCGUAACUAGAGAAAAUGAAAUAGUGUCUGUUGCUGCUUUGAAAAAUGUUUUAAUUCUGAAAAUGUAAAUAGUUUAUCAUAAUAUCUUGUACAGUCCAGUGUAAAGUUUUUAAUUGAACGUAAAAAAAAAGGUUGCCAUCACAUUUGUGUUCACUUUCUUCUUCAUACAGUACAAAAGGACAGCUACUUGCUGAGGAUAUUAUUGUUAAAUUAAAAAAAGGAAAAGGUACUAAAAUAUUUUAUUUUGCUUGGCUUCAAAAUGUAAACCAGCAAGUCUUUGGUUUCCAUGUGCAGUAUUGACGUGAGGUAAACUUAAGGUGAAAUAAUUCUACAGUGGUAUGUAUUGGAGACCAGUCUCCUCUGUGUUGGUAGUAUUAAUACACUAUAUCAAAUAAAAUACACCAGAUGACUGACACAUUUGGGUGUAUCUAGGCACCUUAGUAAUGUGUGCAAAUAUCUAGGUUGUGUUCCCCACAGGAUGCAUUCAGGCAUAUUGUAAUGUAACAUCAUCUUUCUAUAUGUACUCAAUCCAUUGAUGUAACAAGGCAGGAGUGGGUUGUAUAACUGCCUGUUUAAGCUCAUUUACCUCAAGAGUUUCCUCCUUUUGCGUAAAAGAGUAAGAAAUUGUGUGACAAAGUCUCACCAUCACUCCCAUCUUUUGUACUGCUGUUGACACUUACAAAUUAAAGAGACAUUUUGUUUUAAGAUC